UUUCUUGCAUCGGUGGAUAUAGAAUAUGUAUUAAACUUUCUAAGCACUUAUUCCUUUCUUCUCUUCUUCGCAACUCACGGGCCUAUAUGUUCUGAGCUUUGUUAACGCAUCAGAAGUGAACUCUCAAGUCAUUCUCUAUCAUAAGCACCACUGAUCAUAGCCAAGUAGUGCAAUAUCGAUGGCCGAAUCUGUCGUUUCGUUUGCAGGGGAGACAAUAGGAAAGCUGCUUGUCCACGAGACCAAAUUAUUGUUGGGCGUGGAGGGCAAGAUCAAGGACCUGCAGAAGGAGCUGAAGCUGAUUAAGGGCUUGCUGAGGGAUGCGGACGCAAGACGAGAGCGUGAAAAAGCUGUUGCAGAAUGGGUCGCGGAGCUCCAAGACAUUGCCUAUGAUGCCGAGGAUGUCAUUGAGCAAUACAUCCUCAGAGUUGCGCUGAAGAAGGAACAAAGCACCAUCAAAGCGUAUGCUUGCUUCAUGGCGAAGUGCCUGUGCGUACAAGUUCAUGCGGUGGGGAUAGAGAUUGAGGGCUUAAAAUCUAACAUCUCUAAUUUGAGAAUGAGUAUGCAGGUUCAUGGCAUACAAUCUGUGAACGAGGGCGAACGGGAACUGGUGAGGGCUUCGACACCGAAACUUACUUUAGGCCAUUUCGAGGAGGAUAUUGUUGGGAGAGAAGAUAAUAUUAACAUGUUGGUGGAAGAGCUGUUGAAGGUCAGAAAACAACACAGAGUUGUUUUCAUUUGGGGAAUGGGUGGUUUGGGUAAGACCACACUCGCUAAGAAAGUCUUCACUCAUGACAAAGUGAGGAACCAUUUCGAGGGUUUCGCUUGGGCUUGUGUGUCUCAAGAAUACCACGUGACAGAUAUCUUAGUGGGAAUUCUCGUUAAGUUGAUCCCGGAUCAAAGAGAAAGAGUUCUGCAAAUGAGAUAUGACGAAUUGUUCGUAACUCUAUACAAGAAACAACAAGAGAAGAGAUGUAUCGUGGUUCUCGAUGAUAUCUGGACUAAACAGGCAUGGGACGGUCUUCGAGCCGCGUUCCCCGUCGAGAACACAAGAAGCAAGCUAUUGAUAACGACACGUAAUAGAGAAGUAGCGGAGCUUAUCGAUCCUCAUGGUUUUUUCCAUCAACCUGAGUGCUUAUCGGCCCGUGACAGCUGGGAGCUGCUAAAGAAGCGGGUGUAUCCUGAUACAAAAGAGCUAGUUCUUGGACUUUCUUCUGAUGGUCCUAGAGUCGGUCAAGAUACUGUUGCAGGCCAAGCUGUAAAAAGUACGAGCAGACAGUUAGAGACGGAGGGACAAAUACGAGUUAUAAUUGAAAACAUGAAAACGUUAGGAGAUGAACUCCUCAAGAAGUGUGGAGGAUUACCCUUGGCUAUCAAUGUGCUUGGUGGACUUCUAGCGGUCAACGACUGGGAGACAGUUUACAGAAACAUCAAUUCACAUUUUCGCGAUAAGAGUGAUGUAUUAAAAGUGUUGGCCUUAAGCUACGACGAUCUGCCAUGGUAUCUAAAGACAUGCUUCCUUUAUUUGGGUAGCUUUCCGACCGAUGAAGAAAUCUCUAAAACGGAGGUUCUUCAAAUGUGGAUUGCUGAAGGCUUUGUGUCACCGGAUGCAUACAACGAGAGAGAAAAUACAGCGGAAGAUGUAGCAGAGCAAUAUUUAAUGGAGUUGGUUAGCAGGGGGAUGGUUCAAGCACAAUUCAACUGGAGUGGAAAAAUCAAAACUUGCCGCCUCCAUGAUCUGAUGUGGGACUUGUGCGUCUCCACGGCUAGGCAGGAGAGGUUUCUAAGCAUUUUUAACAUUCAGCAAGACGAUGCAAUUGAGGACUAUUCUUCUUCAAUGGCAGUAGACUUUGAGUCGAAUUGCCAAACAAGAAGGCUUUCUCUCAACAUGCGUGCGAUUGCUAAUGGAAACCCGAUUCCCACAGUAAAACAAAUAGGAAGGACUAUGCUCCACCUUCGAACUCUCAUCUUCUUUCCUACUGGGAAAUUCGUCAUAGUGACGUGGGAGGAAUUUCAACCUAUUUUCAUCAACUGUAAGUUUCUCAGAGUAUUGAAGCUGGAGGGUCUUUCUUGGAUGAGCGGGAAUGUACCUGAAUCUGUGGGAGACCUAGUCCAUUUGAGAUACUUAAGCUUAGCAGGGAGUGCGUUCCAGGUCUUGCCGCAAUCUAUAGAGAACCUUGUAUGCAUGGAAUUCUUAGACUUGCGUGCGGACAGACUUUGUGCUGUAACCGUGCCAAAUGUGUUGUGGAAGUUGAUAAGGUUGAGGCAUCUCCAUCUUCCCAGCAGUUUUUCCGUUGAUGGUCAGCAGAAGCUGCGGUUGGACUCUUUAAAGUAUCUACGGACAUUGAGAAACUUUUCCCCGGAGAACUGUGAUGUGAAUGAUAUAGGCAAACAUAUCACCCUGCAAAAACUAACCGUCCCUCACCAUUAUGGUUCCGACAAGUUGGAGAUAAUUCCACAACUUGCUAAAUUCACUUUUAAACGUCUUCGAUCCUCGUCUUUUAGAUUCACAAGCUACCGUCCAUUCACUGAAGAUGAAUUGAGUAAAAUGUCAAGCUAUCACCAUUGCUGUAAAUUGUCCAUGAGAGGGAAGAUAGAGAAGUUACCGGAACCUAAAAAUCUACCCCAGCAAUUGAGGAAGUUGGUCUUAAUGGACUCCGAACUCGAAGAAGAUCCGAUGCCAAUAUUGGAGAAACUGCAUCACUUGACUGUUCUCCUACUGUGGACAGCUUUUGUUGGAAAGGAAAUGGUUUGCUCUGCAGGAGGCUUUCCUCAGCUCAAGCGUUUGGAUCUUCAAAAUCUAAAAAAAUUGGAGGAGUUGAGGGUCGCUGGAGGAGCCAUGCCUCAUCUUUCUCGAUUAGGGAUCAACAGAUGCUUCAAAUUGAGGAGGGUGCCUGAAGGAUUGUCCAUAUAUGACUGUGGGGAAGACAUGGCCGAGGAGUUUCAAAAGCAUCGUGACAUGUGGAUGAGGCCAAUUUCCAAUGUGAGUAUUUGCACCACUUCUUAUCAGAAAAAUUAAUGCCAGGGAUUUAGUAUUCCGAGAAAUUUACAAUACAUUAAGAGGGGUUUUCUUCCUACCAUUCAUUUAUAAAGAAAACGGUAUAAAUU